AUGGUGUACUCGUGUGGAUCACCAGGAAACACAGGCAUGUACUCGUGUGGAUCACCAGGAAACACAGGCAUGUACUCGUGUGGAUCACCAGGAAACACAGGCAUGUACUCGUGUGGAUCACCAGGAAACACAGGCAUGUACUCGUGUGGAUCACCAGGAAACACAGGCAUGUACUCGUGUGGAUCACCAGGAAACACAGGCAUGUACUCGUGUGGAUCACCGGGAAACACAGACAUGUACUCGUGUGGAUCACCAGGAAACACAGACAUGUACUCGUGUGGAUCACCAGGAAACACAGGCAUGUACUCGUGUGGAUCACCAGGAAACACAGGCAUGUACUCGUGUGGAUCACCAGGAAACACAAGCAUGUACUCGUGCAUAUAA